GGCGGCUACCUAUCCUUUCGUGCUCUCAUUCGUCCCCCUUGUCUCCUUCUCCUAUCCCAAACCUAGCCGUCGCAUCGCCCCGUCCCGCUCUCCCGUGGUCGCUCGCCGCCGCCCGCACUGGCGCCGCGACCUUUCCUCUCUUCAUCGCGCCGCCACCUUCCCUUCUCCUCCGGCCUCGCCUCUUCCUCCCUUCUCCUCCGGCGCCUCCUCCCAAGGGAAGUGAAGGGAAGGAUCGAGUGACAAGGUGAGGCCCAAAUCCACAUCGGCAUCAGCGCUUCGUCGUCGACUUCAUCCCCGACCGUCCUCCAGGUAGGCCAUGGAGGUCCGGUCCGGCCCGGCAGCGGCCAUGGAUGGAGACGCCCAAAACCCUAGCCCUCCAAGGACGUGCGCCGGCUGCAGGCCAUCUCCGGCGAGCUCAUCCACGGGUCUCCGACUAUGCUGCUCCGAUCUGGAAGAGGGGGUGGAGCUGCUACUGCUGCAGGUUGCUCUGAUGAGGACAAGCUGCUUCUGCAGGUGGACGGGCCCUCAUGGUCGCCACACUCUCUCAUCGGAAGUUGGCAGGAGAAGCAUCGGCCGCCGAAGCAGACGAGCCGAGCCAUUAGUGGCUGCAUCUUUGACAUCCUUUCCUAGCAUGCUCGCCAGCGUACGUUGUCCACUGGCAGUAGCAAGGUACAUCUCUGUCGUUUCCUCCAUCGAGUCAGUGCAUGCCCGUGGCGAAGCUUAUAUUGCAUCAUGGUGCAGGAUCUGGUUAUAUGGUGCAGGAUCAUGGUGCAGGACCCAGGCCACUCAAACUCAAAGCAUACUAACAACCAGGCCUGGAGAUAUAGUUUGCACAAUGUUCUGUUCUGCCAUAUGCCAUUUUGAUAUGGCUAAAAUGUUAGCUUUUGAUAUGUGUCAGAAUUAUGUUGCCCCACCAGCCUGAAAAUGUGAUAAAUAAAAGCCUACAGUGCUCAUUUAUUUGUAUUUA